AUGUCUUUAGUUGCUCUAGAAGAAAUACCCGAGGCCGUGAACAAGCUCCGGCUGAAUUUCGCUGCUCGUCCGCGCAAGUCGCACGCCUUUGUAAGGGCACAGCUGCUUUCCCUGAAAGACGCCCUCCAGAAACACCAGGACAGCAUCGUUUCGGCACUACUCCACGAUUUCCACCGUGCGCCCCAGGAGACCCUGAUUGCCGAGUUGGGCCCGCUGCUAGGCGAGCUCGCCUACCUGGCUGGCAACCUCUCGUCGCUGCUUGCUCCGGAAACUCCCGACUCGAUGCCCCUAGCGUUCGGCGUCGCUUCGUGCAAGAUCGAGAAGGAGCCGCUGGGCACGAUUCUGGUGAUGUCGCCGUUCAAUUUCCCGCUGCUGCUCGCCCUGAGCCCGCUGGCAGGCGCAAUUGCAGCCGGCAACAACGUUGUGCUCAAACUGCCGGGCGACAGGUGUCCUGCGUUCUGCGAAGCGCUGUCCCGCGUUCUUGCCGAGUCUGUGGAUCCGGAAAUUCUCGUGUUGGUCAAUGGCGGUCUCGAGGAGGCCCAGGCGGUGCUUGAGCAGAAAUACGACAAGAUCGUAUUCACAGGCUCCACCGCGGUGGGGAAAAUUGUGCACGCCAAGGCGGCCGAGUCGCUGACCCCGACGCUGCUGGAGCUGGGCGGGAAAUCGCCAGCGUUCGUCACGUCUGGCUGCUCAAACAUCCAAGUAGCGCUCGCACGACUUCUCUGGGGCAAAUUUUGCAACGCGGGCCAGGUCUGCGUGGCGCCCGACUACCUGCUCGUCGAGGACUCCGUGUACGACAAAGUGGUGGCAGAAAUGCUGGCUGUGCUGCAAAAAACGUACCAGGUCUCGGAAACCUCAGACUAUACGCAUCUGGUCAACAGCAGCUCGUUCAAUCGUCUGGUCGGCCUGCUGGACAAGACACGCGGCAAGCUGCUGUUCGGGGGCGCGCGAGACCCGGAAACAAAUUUCCUGGCCCCAACAGUGGUCACGGACGUCGACUGGGACGACCCGUUGAUGCAGUCUGAGAUAUUCGGCCCUAUUUUGCCGGUGCUCAGGUACUCGUCGCUGGCAGAAGCAGUGCAAUGUGUCCAGAAGUACCACGACACCCCUCUGGCCACGUACGUUUGCUCCGACAGGCAAGAAGAGGUCCAGCAGGUGGACAGUAUUCGGUCUGGAGCUCUUUUGGUCAACGAGACACUGGUGCAUGCCAGCAUCCACACGAUUCCGUUUGGCGGUGUUGGGACGUCUGGAACGGGCAAUUACCACGGCAAGUACUCGAUCGAGUCGUUCACACACAAAAAGGUGGUUUUCAGGCAGCCGUACUGGUACGAGGUGGCCCUGAAAGACAGAUAUGCUCCGUACUCCAGUGCCAAGAGCAAUUGGCUCAUGUUUGUCUACAGACUGCCGGGCAUCAGGAGGGUGCGCUACAGCGAGCUGGCCACGGUGCUGGCUGUUCUGCUGGCCGGGCUCGUGGGCUAUUUUAUAGGAAAGCGCUAG